UCUCUCUCUCGUGUGCAUCUUCUAUCUUAUAUUAAACAUUUCCAAAAAUCCAUUUCCUCCUCCAACUUUCCUUUAGAGCUUCCAUUGCAUCACAAAGAGCCGUCCAAGGAUGGAUGCUGGAAACACCCGUACCAAAGACUUCUUCGCAUCGCCAGCACUCUCCCUUUCACUUGCUGGCGUGUUCCGUAAUGUCGAGGUGGUAGAAGAGGAGGUGGAGGAAGGGGACGAGGGGAGCGGUGGAGGUAGUAGAGGGGAACCACUGGAGAUUAGCAGUGAGAACACCGGGCCGGGGGCUCAAUCGGAUGAAGAUGGAGGGGAUAAUGGAUUGGCUGAGGAGGAUGGAGAGGUUGGGAAAAAGAAGAAGAGGAGGAAGAAAUAUCACAGGCACACAGCCGAACAGAUAAAAGAAAUGGAAGCGUUAUUCAAGGAGUCACCACAUCCAGAUGAGAAGCAGAGGGAGCUACUAAGCAAGCAAUUAGGCCUCUCUGCCAGGCAAGUGAAGUUCUGGUUCCAAAACCGACGCACCCAGAUCAAGGCAAUACAGGAGCGGCAUGAGAACUCCCUUCUGAAGUCAGAGAUAGACAAGCUUAGAGAUGAGAACAGGGCCAUGAGGCAGAUGAUUAAUAAAGCUUGCUGUCCCAACUGUGGCUUUGCUACCUCAAGUAAAGACACCACAAUGACUACUGAGGAACAACAACUACGAAUCGAGAUUGCCAGACUUAAAGCAGAGAUAGAAAAGUUGCGAGCAAUGCAAGGAAAGGUUCCUGCUGAGGGAACUGCUUCACCGAGUUCAUCAUUCUCUGCAGGCACUGAUCAAAACAACAGAAGUUCUUUGGAUUGCUAUAGUGGGUUCUUCGGGCUUGAGAAGUCUAGGAUUUUAGAGAUUGCCAACCUUGCCUUGGAUGAGCUGAUGAAGAUGGCAACAACCCUUGAACCUUUGUGGGUCCGAAGUGUUGAGACAGGCCGUGAAAUACUCAAUUAUGAUGAGUACAUUCGAGAAUUUUCACCCGAGAUUUCCAGCAAAGGACAAGUCAGGCAUUCUAUUGAAGCAUCUAGAGAGUCAGGAGUUGUCUUCUUGGACAUCUCAAGGCUUGUAAAGGCUUUCAUGGAUGUGAACCAAUGGAAGGAAUUAUUUCCUGGCAUGGUUUCUAAGGCAUCCACCAUAGAUGUUAUUUAUAGUGGAAAAGGUGAAAGUGGAGAUGGCACUAUACAACUGAUGUUUGCAGAGCUUCAAAUGCUUACACCUAUGGUACCUACAAGAGAAUUUUACUUCAUUCGGUACUGCAAACAACUGAGUCCGGAAAAAUGGGCCAUUAUAGAUGUGUCGGUUGACAAAAUUGAAGAGAACAUUGAUCAAUCACUUGUGAAGUGUCGGAAGCGACCUUCAGGCUGCGUCAUAGAGGACCAAGCCAAUGGUCACUGCAAGGUAACUUGGGUGGAGCAUGUGGAAUGCCAAAAAUGUGCAAUUCCAACGAUGUAUCGAUCAAUCGCUAUGAAUGGAUUAGCAUUUGGGGCUCGACAUUGGAUGGCAACACUGCAGCUCCAAUGUGAGAGGAUAGUUUUCUUCAUGGCAACCAAUGUUCCUACUAAAGAUUCUAAUGUAAUUCCUACAGGGGUCUCCACACCAGCUGGAAGAAAGAGCAUUCUGAAGUUUUCGCAACGGAUGACUUCGAGCUUUUGUCUGGCUAUUGGUGCAUCACGCAAUCGCACCUGGACAAAGGCAUCUAUAAGGAGUGGAGAGGACAUUCGAUUCACAUCAAGGAAGAAUGUUAAUGACCCUGGGGAGCCCACAGGAGUGAUUGUGUGCGCGGUUUCCUCCACAUGGCUACCUGUUCCUUCCAUGGCUCUAUUUGAUUACUUGAGAGAUGAGUCUCGAAGAAAUGAAUGGGAUAUCAUGCUUGCUGGAGGACCAACUGAAACCAUUGCAAAUCUAGCGAAGGGACAAGAUCGCGGGAACUCCGUUCUGGUCCAUGCAACAAAAUCGGCAGACAGGACUAGCAUGUGGGUCCUUCAAGAUAGCAGCACGAAUGCUUAUGAGUCGAUGAUAGUCUAUGCACCUGUGGACAUUGAGGAAAUGCAAUCGGUGAUGACCGGGUGCGACUCAAGUAAUAUGGCCAUAUUGCCCUCUGGAUUCUCCAUACUUCCUGAUGAGCUCGAGACAAGACCUCUUGUGAUCACAUCUAAGCCAGAGGAGAAGGCCACCGACGGAGGUGGAUCCUUGCUUACGGUAGGAGUCCAAGUCCUUGCUAAUACAUCGCCUUUGGCUAAGUUGACAAUGGAGUCUGUGGAGACUGCAAGCACCCUUAUUUCAUGUACAUUGCAGAACAUUAAGAAAGCUUUUCAGUGCGAGGAUGGUUGAUUGUAUAAUAAGAUGAAUUUGUGACAUAAAUUUCAAUUUGAAAGUAGCUCGUGUAGAUUUCUUGUUAUUUUUGAAGUUCGAGAUAAACUAAUCACCAAUAGGAAGCUUUCAAACAUUUUUAAGAUUUU